AUGCACGAGAUGAAUGUCGCCGACUUUACAGGUAACUCCCAGCACCCGUUCAGCAUGCUGCGCGUCAUUGGCGGCUGGGGAAACGUCAGUGGCCCGGGAUUGCUAAUGUUUCGUAGCCUCCUGGCGGGCACAUAUACCGCUGUUGUGGUAGGUAUUGGCUCAGCGAUCGUCGCAAGCUCCAUCUGGGGAACAGCUGCCUUGCCCUUUGUCGCAGGAUCAUCGAUUGGUUUCGCGGUGGGUAGUCUACGAUGGUACCUGUCUGCUUCCAAGGGCGCCAUGCUGGACUUGCAUCGCUACCCGACCUUGAUGCGACUGCAUCUGAUUUCCAACUUUCCGUACAGGAGCGAGUUUACUCAGAACAAGGUUGAGUGGUACACGCCAAGACGUUUCCAGUCCAGCUGGACCCUGACCAGCAUGCUUGUGGCGGCCUGGAUGUCUGCCCAGCCAGCCUUGGAAGAUAUUCAGUCACGGGCCGAGGCAGAUGUCGUGGCGUCAUACUCCGUUAACGACUACAUGAUGGAUGGUGACGAGAGAAAGAAAUCAUGA